GCCCAUGGACAUGCCCCACCCUAUACCUCUGGCUUCUCCAGCCCAGAGCUGCACCAUGGCCGCCGCCACCUCCCCUCUGCCAGUCCCCACCGAGGUCGCCAGUUCCGAAAACAGCAGCUCCUUCUAUGACUAUGAGUACUACCUGGAGGAGCAGGCUUUCAUGCUCUGCAGGAAGGAUGAGGUGCUGUCCUUCAGCAAGAUCUUCCUGCCAGCCUUCUACAGCCUGGUCUUCAUGCUGGGCCUGGCCGGAAACCUCCUUCUCCUAGUAGUCCUGCUCUGCCGUGUGCCUCGAAGGCGGAUGACUGAGGUCUACCUGCUGAACCUGGCCAUCUCCAACCUCCUGUUUGUGGUGACUCUGCCCUUCUGGGGCAUCUCUGUAGCCUGGCACUGGGUCUUUGGCAAUUUCUUGUGCAAGAUGGUGAGCACCCUCUACACCAUUAACUUCUACAGUGGCAUCUUCUUCAUUAGCUGCAUGAGCUGGGACAAGUACCUGGAGAUUGUUCAUGCUCAGCCCCACCACAGGCUGAGGACCCGGGCCAAGAGCCUGCUCCUUGCUGCCACGGUGUGGGCUGUGGCCCUGAUCGUCUCCAUCCCUGACAUGGUCUUUGUGCGGACGCACGAAUACCCCACAGGUGUGUGGAACUGCUAUGCGGAUUUCGGAGGGCACGCGACUACCUGGAAGCUCUUCCUUCGCUGCCAGCAGAGCCUCCUGGGGUUCCUCCUUCCACUCCUUGUCAUGAUCUUCUUCUACUCCCGAAUUGGCUGUGUCCUCAUCCGGCUGAGGCCCCCCGGCCAGGGCCGGGCUCUGAGGAUAGCGGUGGCCCUUGUGGUGGCCUUCUUCGUGCUCUGGUUCCCGUACAACCUCAUCUUGGUUCUGCACUCACUGCUGGACUUGCAAGUCUUUGGGGACUGCAAGGUCAGCCAGCGCUUGGACUACGCAAUGCAGGUGACCGAGAGCAUUGCCUUCCUGCACUGCUGCUUCACCCCUGUCCUCUACGCCUUCUCCAGUCGCCGCUUCCGCCAGCACCUGAAGACUUUUCUGGCCACUGUGCUCAGACGGCAGCAGACACCUGGCCCUGCCCACGCCCCACCACCCAGCUGUUCUGAGAGCAGUGUGCUCACUGUCCAGGAAGAAAUGACCAAUAUACAUGAACUUGGGGAGAGCCAGGCAGAGGGCUCCCCCAACAAGGGGGGUGCGGGAUAAAAUGAAACCUCCAGGGUGGCAGUCUGGUGAGAGCAGAUGGGCACCAGCUCCACUGGGCACCGCCUGGAGUCCUCGCUCCAAGGGCCUCUAAGCACCUUGCUACACCCACUUGUUCACUCUCCGUUCCCAAGCAUCAGGGGCGCUUACUUUCUAGGAGCCACACUCUCUUCCGUGAAUCACUGCAGGGGCUUCCCAACUGACCUCUGUGCUUCCUAUUAUCUUGCUCUGGUGUCACCUAGUCUGCACCCUGCAGCCAGAGUGAUCGCAACACUCUUGGCCUUCACCCCCCUGUCUUCAGAGUAGCGUGGGCUGCUCCUGCCCUGUAGCGGAGCCUGGAAAAUAUUAAGGGACCACAUUUGCAGUCUCGAUCAUGGUCCCAGACUCUGGCAGUCAGGAGGGGUGAGGUGUGUUCUGCCCAAGAAUGCUGGAAUCUGCAGGGUGCGGCAGACUGAAUACCUAUGUGGGGAGGUCCCAGGGAAUAUUUCUCUCUCUGCCUACCAGGCCUCCUCUAGGGAGCCAUCAGGAAUCUCUGGUACCUGUGCCACCAAGUCCAAAAUCUUUGUUCAACUUCAGCAGUGGGACUUCCCACAGUCCCACUCCACCCUGACACUCCUCCACCGCACUCGCGUUUCAGCCCCUGGAAGCCCGACACCCCGUGCUUUCUUCUGCACAUCCUCACCUCCCUGCUGGCUGCCUCCUGGAGCAGGUAUCAUUCUGCAGCCAGGCAUCCUAUUUUAAAGCUUUUGGAAUCUUACCUCAUAAAGGAACUUGGUCCCAUCCACGUGAGCUAUGGUUUGAAUUGUUCCAACAGAACAAGGUAGUUAAGAGUCACUGACUUUAU